AUGCCUUUUCCAAAGUGUGACCUGCACUGGUUAGAGGAGGGCCCAGCCCAGCGAGUGGUUCUGACUUGGGAGGAAGGGUUCCAAUACUAUCGGACCAUUCAGACAUUGAGGAGGAUGGAGCUCAAGGCAAACCAGCUGUACAAGCAGAUAAUCAUCAGUGGCUUCUGUCACCUGUAUGAUGGCCAGGAAGCAUGUGCUGUGGGCAUCGAGGCAGGCAUCAAGCCCACAUAUCACCUGAUCACCGCGUACCAGGCUCACGGCUUCACCUUCACGCAGGGUGUUCCCAUGUGGGCAAUCCUGGCUGAACUCACAGGUAUUAAAGGGUUCAUGCUGGUCUCCUCCCCCAGGGAGGAAGUGGGCAUGGCCAAAGGCAAGGGUGGCUCCAUGCACAUAUAUGCCAAGAACUUCUAUGGAGGGAAUGGCAUUAUGGGCACUCAGGUGCUCCUGGAGGCAGGAGUGGCCCUGGCCUGCCAGUACCAGGGCAGUAACCUGGUGUUUGCCACGCUAUACAGAGAUGCGGCAGCCAAUCAGGGACUGAUCUUUGAAGCAUACAACAUGGCAGCACUGUGGAAGCUGCCUUGCAUCUUUAUCUGCGAGAACAACAAGUAUGGCAUGGGCACCUCGGUGGAGCACAUGAUUGCCAGCACCGACUACUACCGAAGGGGCAACUUCAUUCCUGGCAUGCGGGGAGGGGGCGCCGUCCAACCGGGUGGCCCUUUUAUGGAUGUACUGUGUGUGAGGGAGGCCACGUUCACUGACAACUUCUGCAGGGCCGGGAAGGGGCCCAUUGUGAUGGAGCUGCAGACCUACCAUUACCAUGGCCACAGCACGAGUGACCCCGGGAUUAGCUACCGGACGCAUGGUGAAAUCCAGGAGGUGCAUAUUAAGGGCGACCCCAUCACCAUGCUGAAGGAGCGCAUAGCUCAAAGAGAUCCAGACCCCCCCUGA